UCAUUUAAAGAAGCUGUUGUUACACUGACGUUGUGGGGAUAUUGCGGAGGUAUUGGAGAAACAAUGGACUCUAACGAGGGCUCUUCUCUGAAUCUGAGUGCCAGCAGUAUUAGGAUCACGGAUGUGACUCAGGAUGGAGACACUUUGACCUUUGCCAUUACGUCCCAGAAGUUGGGUAGCAGUGAUGGUGUGUGCGUUUUUAGGACCUUUGAAGACUUUGACUGGUUGCACCAGAAUCUGUGUGGUCAGGAGGAUGUUCCUGGAUUGCAGGGGAUCAUAUUUCCUCCUCUUCCGGCAAAGCCAACGCCAUCUCAGACACACGCACAAAGUAAAGCAGUGAAGCAACUUGGUUUCCUUGCUAUGGGUAAUAACUGGAAGAUUUACUGUCAGGCUUUAGAGCUGUAUCUCCAGCAGGUGGCAGCACACACAACACUCAACAAGAACAAAGCACUGGACAACUUCCUCACUAAUGCAGAGUCUCCGGGUAAACAACGUAUGAGAAAAGGCAUCUUCAAUCGCCUCAGUCAGGCAGUGGAGGAGAUGAGAAAAGAGAACCACAGGGAUGUAGAUGAAUUCUUUCAGAAUAAGAGAGACAGAAAUGCAAAUCUUACAGCAUUAUAUAAAGGAACCACAGAGCGGUUCCUUGAAGUAGUGCUGGCAAAGCAAAGACUUGCGGUGGACUGUGGACAUUUCUCUACUUCUCUCUAUCUGUGUGUGAGUCAGGAUGAUCCUGCCGCUGUGGCCUUCUCCAAGAUUUGUCUGAAGUUGUCAGAAAUAUUUGAGACCGUGAAGAAUAACUUUGAGAUUGUUGCUGACAAUGAUCUUUCCACCCUGGGCCUGGGUCUGGACCUGGAGACUCGGUACCAGGAGGCAGAAAAGGAGAUGCUGUUCAGAAGAACUUGCAGACUGGUGGAGUUGGAGUCAGCCAGUAGGAGCACAGAGAAAGCCAAGCCUAACAGAAGAGCCGCUAUGGAGGAAGUGAAGAAAGCUGCUGAGAAAGAAUUUGACCUUGUCUCAUCUGUGGCCAAAGAGGAGAUUCAGCGCUUCCACGGAUCCCGUGUUGGUGUGCUAAGGAGCUUUCUGAUUGGUUGGUGUGAGAAACAACUCAGCACAGCCAAACAAAGCUCCGCCCUCUUCUCGCAGCACCUGGAGGCCUGUAGAGAACUGUCUGAGGACUGA